AUGCGUGUCGUCGUAUUUGGAGCUUCCGGCGUUCAGGGCCGUCACCAAGUCUAUGCCCUCGCGCAAGCAGGCCAUUCCGUGGUUGCAGUCAGUCGCAACCCUCAACCGCUACAAGUUGACGGAAAGCCUGUCGAAACGUUUGCUGCAGACUUUUCCGACAAAGCUGCCAUUGAGCAGGUACUUCAAGACGCAGACCGAGUGUUCCUCAACCUGCCAUCAACUUCUUUCAACAAGUCCGAACCCAUCAUCGCCGCUACAAAAAACAUCGGCGAAGCUGCGAAGAAAGCCAAGGUUCCCCUGAUACUUUUCAACACCAGCAUGCCAGUUCCCAAGCAGCCACAAGAUAUCCAAGCACAGGAUGAUCGAAGAGUAAUGAGAUCCUCGUUACGGGAGCAUGUCCCGGUAAUCAGCAUUGAGCCCGUGGUUUACCUUGACAAUCUUCUCGAAGGCUGGGCUUUGCCUCCAAUCCGCGACCGACAGACCGUCGUCUACUGCCACAAGCCAGACCUUCGUGUGUCAUGGAUCUGCCACCAUGAUGUCGCGCAAAUUAUGAUGGCUGCCAUGCAUAGACCGGAACUUGCCGGACGCGACAUUCCUAUCGGCGGUCCUGAAAUUGUUGUGCUUUCCCAGCUCACGGAGAAACUAUCGAGAGCCUGGGGCAAGGAGCUUAGCUACGAAAAUCAGACUGUGCCAGAUUUUUGUGACAAGAUUAGCAAGACGAUGCAGGGAAGAGGGCUGGAGACUGAGACGGUGGUGAGCCAGAUGUUCAAGGCGUAUACAUACUAUAACGAGGCAGAAGAUGAGCCGUUCAAUAUCGAUAUGAAGCCUGUCAUUAGUGAACUGGGUAUUGAGCUCACACCGAUUGAAGAGUGGGCUAAGAGGAGAAGCCCUUGGGAUGAUAAGGGUUACUACUAG